UUUGAGGCAGAGAUAUUGAAGAUUGAAUGAAAGAUGAGUUUCCCAGUGUUCAGGGCGCGAUCUGCAGUUACAUUACCACGUGCACGUUCCGUUGAAAGAGGAGAUGUAGCCACGCUUACCCGAGUAACAUCGGUGCCCAGUUUAGAUGGUAUCCACGUUGGUGAACGAUAUCGUCCAUCAACAUUAUUCAAAUACCGACGAGAUUACGAUUUGUUGGACGAUUAUUACCACGACCGCAUGUUUUUUAACACUGCAUUGCAUUGGCAAGACUACAGAUUUGCAGCUCGCCGAUAUCUCAACACUGACCCGAUCCCAAGAAGUCUUGGUUUUGAAUAUCCUGCUUUUUGGUCUCGCUAUAAGUGGUAUACAGACUGGCUGAAUCCAACAUACUGGCGUCGCUAUCGUGAUCCGAAUUAUGAUCGACCACUGUGGAAUAAUUGGCAACCAUGGUAUUUGGAUAGAAAUAAUGUGGAACGAGCAAUACGUAUGUACAAAGAAGGUUUGGUUGACUUUGGAAAGUUGGAUCAAUUUUGGAUUCUUCCAUCAGCGCUUUCCAGAAAAGGAAAAGACUGGACUGAUGUGUACUUGCCAGCUGGACGUUAUGGUGCUCGACGUUACUUCUACGCAUUCGCUUAAUCGUGCAAAGCAAAUUUUGCCACUACAAUCUGACGGUUGAAUCGUUUAUUCUUUCAACAUGCACCAGCAAGAAAUUCGAUGGUAGUGUAACGCAUAUCUCAAACGAACUGCUUUUUUUUUCUUUCCUAGUAUUUUUAAAUUGCCGUGUCAUAAAUAACGUCGUCCUACUCUUCCAAAUCUGAACAAAAUUAAUUUGUUUUUGAAUGACAAUUGAAAGACUGCGAUAACUGGUCAAUGUGUUCGUCAAAAUACAUAUUACGCUAGAUAAAUUAUUCAUUUCAUUGCCA